UCCCUCCCUAUAAGAACCUCAACUUUGACCUUUGUCCCUUCUCAACCAAUCCAUCCAUGUUGGCCAUCCUUGCCAACCUAGCUUGGUUGUUCCCAACCAAUUUGCAGCUGCUACAGUAGAGUGACGAAAUUUUCCAACCUCAAAGGUCCCAAAUCCAUAUUGAGUCACCCCACAACUUCACUUUGUAACUGCCGCAAUUGUGUCCUCAUGGGUGGUCGUGUCGCCUGCUUGUCUCAUCCCGGCAUCGGCUCCACCUUUGCCUUCUCCGUCCCCUUCGCUGCGCCCCCCUCCUCGCCCACACCCCCCUGACUAUUGCUGCUCACACUCCUACCGCUCGGUCUCCGACUUCUCACACUGGCGGCAUGGAGGGAGUAGCUGUUGGCGUGGUGGGGUCUGAUGCACAAAGAAGGGAGCUCAUGGGUCGCAUGUUAUCAGGUCUCGGAGCACAGGUGCACCUGUUGCAACGCCAGCAACAGUAGAGUCGGGAGUCACACAAAGGCCGCUGGGAGAAACAGGGGCGAGAAGCCACGGGGAGAUUGAGGGGAGAAGACACGGGGAUUCUGCUGGCUCGGUGACUGGCUUAUAUGGUGGGAGAAGAGCCAGAGAGGGAGAAAGCGAGGAAGGGGGAGAGGGAGAGGUAGGAGAGAGGGGUGGUAUGAGAGAGGGUAUGCGCUGGGUGGUGGUGGUGGGGGAGGAGGAUGUGUGGCCGCAGCAGAGUGAGGAGGAGAGUGAACUUCAUGAGGGGGAGAGUGUGAACUACAUGGCUGGUCAGCAGUGCAGUGGGAAUGUGGGGUGGGGGGAACAUGGGGGAGGAAGAGGGGCGGUGGGUGAGGAGCAUGAUAGUAGAACGCCUGGGGUGGCGAUGGUGCCUGCAGGGGCAGCGGCAUGGGCGGCAGCCGUGCGGGUCGUGAGGCGAGUGGAAGGGAUGGCAUGCGGUGGAGAGGUGGUGGGGGCUGUCGUUCUAGCGGGCUGCUGGAGUGGCGAGGAGAUGGGGGGAGACGAGGGAAUGGGAGAGGAAGAGGAGGAGGAGGAGAGGGAGAGGAGUGCAGACGGGGGGGAAGAGAGGCAUCAGACUGAGAUGGCCGCUUGCCCUGCCUCUGCCAUCUCUCCCCGUGUGGUCAUCUGUCGCCGCCCGCUGCUCUCUCACCAUCUGCACCACGCUGUUCAGCUGGCAGCAUUCGGGCUUGAAGCCAGCAGCCCAUCUCCUGGCAGCAGAGCCUGUGAGGGGUACGGGAGCAUCCAGCCCUGCGGUGUAUUAGAGGGCAGCAGGGGGCAGAGGAGCAGAGAGUUGCGAUUAGAAGAGCAGGCCUGGUUAGCAUGCUCCAUGGAUGGGCAGGGUGACACUGAGGAGGGUGAUUAUAAAGAGAUCUGUAGAACAGAGGAUGGCGCACAUGAUGGGGGGAGGAGCAUGCCCAUGCACGGCGACGACGUCAUGCGGUCGACACCCUUGGAUGCCUCCUGCGGUUUCAGAAGCAGCAGCUUGGGAGACGGUGAGGGGACUGGCAAUGCUGGCGGUCACAACCAUGGGGGUUCUAGCGUUGGCAAUGCUGGUGGUGAGAGCCAGGGGGACGUCAGAACGUGGGCUGCCGCCGGUAGAUGCAGCAGCCUCACAGGAGGCACGUUGUCUUGCAGUGCAAGCAUGGAGCGAGAGAGGGGAGCAGCAAGCAUGGUGAGCCUUGAAGAAGCCGCAGCAGCAGUGGCGGGAGUAGGAGGAGGAGUUGCAGGAGGAGGAGGCGGUGUGAGGCGAGGAAGCAGCUAUGUGACUGGCAGAUGUAGCCUGGAAGGAUCCUCCUCCUCAGCAGCAGCAGCAGCAGCAGCAGCAGCAGCGGCGGCGAUGGCGGCAGCAGGAGCAGGUGGAGGGUCGCGUAGAGGGGUCCGUGAACGCUCCAUCACAACGACUGCAGCCCUAACAGGCAGCGACUCCCUGUCAGCCCGGGAGGUCACUGCGGUGCUGCAAGGGCUGGGCGUGCUGGUGGUGGACGACACGGGCGUGAACCUGGUGGUGGCCCGCCGCACUCUGAGUCGAUGUGGCGCCGCUGUGGCCACGGCAGGCAGCGGGGAGGACGCAGUGCGGCGGGUGAAGGAGGCCAUAGGGGCUGGUGUGGGGGAGGAUGGUGGGGGAGAUGAGGAGAAGGCGGCGGUUGACGUGGUGCUGAUGGACCUGCAGAUGCCGGGCAUGGAUGGGUUCAUGGCAACAGAGGCCAUACGAGCACAUGAGCAAGCCACAGCCGGUCAGCUUGCGAGAUCGUCAGAAGGGGGAGCGGAAGCAGCGAUUGAAGGUUCAGCCACCUCUGUUGCUGCCCCUCUAGUCCCCUCGGUUCCUCGAGUGCCCAUAGUGGCACUGACAGCGGAUGUGGAUGAGGAGAUUACUCGGCGCUGCCUUGCGAAUGGCUUUGAUGGCAUUCUGCAGAAGCCAGUCGACCCCAAGCUACUCUCGCACCUGCUGCUGCACAUUGGGAAGCCAUGCAGACUGGGGUCUCUUUGAAGCCUUUCAGAUCCAACAGUUCACAUUCAGCAGUGAUUUGCACUGAUAUGGAUGGUGAAUAGAGAAUUGAUUCCUUCGUGGGUUAGAUGUACUUGAUAAGGGCGCAUGAGCAUGGGCACAGCCCUUGGGCAUGGGUAUAUACCAAGAUCAUGGCACAAGUCUGAGGAGGCAAGCCACAAACAGGGCACAUGUCUUUGUCAAACAUGUGUAUCUCUUAUGUUUGCAUAGACUGUAUAGGGUCACCUCUUAAAGGGUACAACACUUAGAUAUAUUCACCUGUACUCUCUCUCACUAGUCAU